GUAAACAACAGGUAAGGAGGGAAGAAGCGCUCGCUCACAUGUAGCGGUCUGCUUUGAAAUAUAUAGACCAAUCAGAGGGCCGCUUAGUGCCGCACAUGCGUAGUAGAGCUGUACGUCUUGUUCCCAAACAGCAGCCGAGGAGGGAUCAGAGAGGAGAUGGAGGGACUUUGAAGUAUUUGACCACAUAAUUCUCGGAACAACACACACCGUAAGUUCACCAAAGUGAUACAGUAAGGUUAAUUGUUGUUAGUGUGUUAAAGAUCUAAAUUUGUGUCGCUUAAAAUGUCGUUUCCUGGCUGCUAUCCUCAGCUAAACGCUAGCUGGCUGGCUGAAACCAAAGCAAACAUCUGACCAAGCAUUGCUUUGACAAUGCAAAUCACAAGCUAGCUUAUAGAGUCCCGUGAUAGAGCACCUGAUUUCUGUUCCUGUAACCCCGAUUAACAUUUACCCUUGAACUGGCUGUCGUUUACAGUUGAAGUAGACGAAUACUGAAGAGCAAACAGAGCUGUUUUGUAUAUAUUUUUCUUUUCCAGUGUUGGACUUUAGAUGGGAUGGGCACGGACCACUGUGCAGGAUACAAGUAGUGGACAAUGAUUAACUUACAAUAGUCCUGAACGAGAAGAGUUUGUUAACUUUUUUUUCACCUGUAUAGAACAACCUGUGCCUGCAUGCUGUCCCCUGAAAGGCAGUGUUUAUACCUCGCCGUCUCUCUCUGCCUCCAGGCUUUUGCUUUCACUUCCUUUGCGUGGACACACUUUGGAGAGGAAACUCCCCUUCACCAUGGCUGCUGCUGCUAAUGUCGCCACAUCUUCCAAAGGCAGCCUCAAGGAGGAUUUGACAUGUGCCAUCUGCUGCGACCUCUUCCGGGACCCUGUCAUGUUGGCCUGCAUGCACCACUUUUGCAAACCCUGCAUCUCCAGGUACUGGAGAGGAACUCAGGGACCUGUCACCUGUCCACAGUGUCGCAAGGAGUUCAGCUGCAAGCAGUUUCAAACCAACUACCUUGUGACAGCCAUGGUGGAGAAAGUGAGAGCCACCACCUCGGACACAUACCUCAAGAACCUAGAGGUGAGCUCAAGCCUCGAACCGAUUUUAACUCUAGUCUUUGUCAUCUGUAAAGCACUUUUAAGGGUUAACAAGGUAUGAGUUAUACUGUUAGAUUCUUCAACACAAUUUGUAUGUACUUUUCAGUACAAGUGAAUACAGGUGCUCAUGAACUGUAGUCACACCCUCAGCAUGUCUCACUUGAAUAGCUCAGGAGAAAAAUACACCCUCCACUCCCUUUUAUAAUCUUUUGUUUGACAGGAUUUAUGACUAACCGCAGCAUUCGACUCAGUAAACACUGUCAAAAUACUGGAAGAAAAAUGCUGCCUGUUUAUAUUCAUAUGGAUCCAUCUAAUCUUCCUGUCAAUUAUCUUUAAUAAUAAUAAUAAUAAUAACACUAAUGAUACAUUUUAUUUAUGCGCCUUUCUAAACACCCAAUGACACUGUCCAAAUCAGAUAAAAGCAAACAGUGAAAAAGCAAGUAAGAUGUAACAGUUUGUCACUAUUAUUUUUUUGUAACAGUAUGCCAUCCUCUGUAAGGAGUAGGACUUGAGGAUUAUAUGAUCGUGAUCGAUGAUCGGGAUAAAUUUCAGUUCGAUCACGGUGAUCAGCUGUGAGCAUAUUUACUCGAUCAAACAUGGCGGAAAUGUGCGUCACAACAGCCAAUCGGAGUCGAUCCUGCUCACUUCUGUAAGUUGCCGGAGAAGUAAACAGAAUGACCGAACGAGAAGCUAAAUGUGGAGCUGAGGGCAGCAAAAUAGAUGUCAUCCUCCGAAGAUGUUAUUGUUGAGAACGAAAAUGAUUGUCGGUUGUGUGGCGGCGGUUCGAGUAUCUCCAAAGUGACGUUGAGAAAUUACACCAAUGUGUAAGGUUUGUUGGCAGUUGGUGCCCUCAAAAACCACCAACACAACAGAUCUGUGUAAUAAAAUGUUGAACUAAUCUCUAGUUUCUUCAGUUUAAAGUAUAGACGCUUUAAAACUAGCAAUUUAAAAACAAAUCGUGAUAAUAAUUGAGAUCGGACGAUAUGAAAAAAUAUAUCGUGAUCAUUUUUUUUGCCAAAUCGCCCAGCCCUAGUAAGGAGGUCUGUCUUUCUUUCUUUUUUUUUUUUUUUUACUGUUUUUUGUUGUUCAAUUUUGUUGACUGUAAUAAACCCCGAGAUUACACAAAGUAAGAUAAGAGGAUCAAUACCACUCUUUCCUAUAAAUACAGUAGGCCAAAGCCAACAGCAGGUUAGCACUGCAAACAGAGGGAAAUAGCUCAUCCGGCUGUGUCUAAAGGUGAAACAAUCUACCAUGAAGUGCAUAUAAAGCUCAUGAAAUAACAGUUUUUAUGUUGUGUUGAAAAGGAACUCAAAAGCUGAAGUGUAUGGACUAAAAAGCAAAUAAGCAAAGGCAGUUAUAGGGAUCUUAUCUUUAAUGUUUUUCUUGUUUGGGUAUAGUCACCCCCUGAAGUUUCUGCCUGUUGCUUGGCAACAUAAUGGUGACUUGAAGUGUUAUUACCAUAAUGUCAAAGUAUGUCUUCACUCUGCCAUGUUUUUACAGCAGAUGGAGUUGAACUGUGUUAAAAGUGUUAGGGAAUUUCAGUUUUUGUUAACACAAAGCUUACACAACACAAAACUGCAUUUACUUGGAUUUCAUUUUCUGGUAAUUCAGGUUCUGGUAUGUAAACAGUUGAGUUCCUUGAUCCUCUGCACGGUCUUACUGUUACCACGCUGACUUGAUUUGCAUAUUACUGAACAGAAACAACUCAAGGAGACUUUGGAGAACCACCGCCUGAGGAAGGAGGACUUUAUCAACAGCAUUCGCAGAGACAAAGACAAGAUGGAAACCAUAAAGGUAAACUCUCCUGGAGGGAGUGUAGGGAUGACAGCACUUAACAGAUAAGAAUGCACACAUCCCUCCCUAAUGGCUGUUUGCAAUAUGUAGCUGUACAUAUUUGGUGUUUGCAGAUGUGGUAAGUGCUAGCUUGUGCUUUGAUAUGUUAAUCAUUAUGGUAGGUACGCUUCGGUGCAUAAAUGCCUUGCUAACCUCUGACUUCACUGUGUGUAAACUAUGCAUAGGAAAUCCUUUCUGCCGAACAGCCUUAUUGGUACACAAAAAACCCUGUCAUUAUUGAUUAUGUCGAAAGACUUGCUCCAUUAAGUAGGUAUUGUUUAGCUUUUAGUCGCUUGAUAAAUCAACAAGCCUUCAUUAUACCGUGUAAAAACCUCACGUACAGGCAGGAACAGAAUUACAUCAAAUGAAUGUCAGACAGAUGGAAGAUAAAAGCUCGAUUUUUAGGGCAAGCUGUGCUGCCAGGAAAAUCCUCUCUGUUUUAAUGCAAUGUUUUUGUUUGACACAAAUGCUUUGAGAUGCUAAGUGUAGCUUCAUUAUCUGUUGUUCUGCUGAGAUUUGUGCAGCGACAUAUUUAGAGCUGGAAAAGUAAAAACUUUGGUAACUUUACUUUUCUAGCUUCUCAAUGUGAAAUAAGGUGACAUAAAGAAAGAACCAUGCUACCUUUUGUGCCAAACCCAACCCUUACCCUCUUACCAUCAAAUUCCAGCCCCAAGCCUAAGCCAUCAGUCAUUUUCCCCGCCACAGAAACUAGGAGCAGACCUGCAGGCUCGUGUCAAAGGAGAAUUCAGAGCUCUUCAUCAGAUCCUGCAGGAUGAGGAGACCUGCAUGCUGGAGCAGCUGAGGAGAGAGCAGGAGGAGGAGCUGGAGAAAGUCCAGCACCACCUGGAGGCCAUCGAGGUGGCCCUGAGGGAGCUGGAGGAAAAUAUAAGGGUGUUGCAGCAGGCCAGCGUGGACACAGAGAAUGUUGUGGUGACUGAGGUGAGGACUGUAAAUCAAGUUUAAUGCCUCAAGCUGAUGUACGUCAUAUCUGGGUGUGAAAUAAAUCCAAAUGUGUCAUCUGAUUUGACUUGUUAGAUUUGCAUCAUAUUGAAACAAAAGUCGUUAAUCAGAUUGUUCUUUCAUUUCCUUCCUUCCAGCUCCCGCAGCUGAGGUAAGUGCUCAUUUCACAGUGUUACAAACAAUUCAGCGCUUUUAGCAUUUUUGCUUCCAAGCUUAUUUGAUUUCCUUCUCCAUUUAGUGUCUUUUUUUUUUCUGAGAAUAUGUCUUCCUAACAAAAUGUACGCUUUCCUUUCUUUGACAGGCCGAGUGUGCGGGCCGAUAUUGCUCCGGAGUUUGAUAUAAACGCCUUCAGCAACAAGUACAUGGCCCCUUUGCAGUACAUCACAUGGAGAAAAAUGUUUAAGUCUUUGAAGCCAGGUAAUGCUCCUUCACAUGUGCUUCAUUAAAUUCUAUAAGACAAGAGCUGAUAACCGGUUCUGCCUCAACAAAGGGAAUAAUUACAGAAGAAGCACCCGAGUAUUAUCGAAGAUAAUGAAGUGGUUAUAGACUGACACUAAUGUCAGGGUUGGUCUGCUGAUUAAUAGCUUUUCAAUUAUAAUUUUUUCUCUUUGUUGAAUCUUAUUACAGAAAAUUAAAUUACUUUCAUAAUUUAAUGAUCUGUUUCACCCCAAAGGUCCUUCCCCGUUAACGUUUGAUGUUGACACGGCACACCCCAGCAUCUACAUCUCCAGGGACAAAACCGUGGCUGUCGAAUGUGACGCCGUGAUCCCUCAUAUGGGCCACAACAAACGCUUCCUCCAGUGCAUCAACGUCCUGGCCGCCCAGGGCUUCCAGUCGGGGCGACACUACUGGGAGAUAGAAGUGGGCUCCAAACCAAAGUGGGACCUGGGUGUGGCCUCUGAGGCUGUAGACCGCCAAGCUCGGAUCAAGCUGAGCCCUGAGAGCGGCUACUGGACGCUGCGUGUCCGUAAUGGGAGUGAGUACUCUGCCGGUACGCAGCCCUGGACCAGGCUGCAGGUGGGCUGCUCCCCUAAGAGGGUUGGUGUUUUCUUGGACUGCGAGGAGAGGAGGGUGUCUUUCUACAACGCAGAUGAUAUGAGUCUGCUUUUUUCGUUCACCAACGGGCCGAGGGGGAAAGUGUUUCCCUUUUUCAGCCCGUGCAUCAGCGAUAACCACCAGAAACCUCAUCCGAUCAAACUCAUCCACUACCCUCCUGUCGCUCUGUCUGGCUAAUGUGGUCCAAUCAAUCAAAGUCUUUCAGAGUGUAAGAGCUGUUUAUUCAAGUAUUGACCAAUGACUAUUAAUCUCUCUGCUGUUCAAAGACAGAAGUGCCAUGUUAGCUCUGGGUCUAAACUUUCACACUGCUGUCUUCUUCUUCUUUAUGCUGUAGAGAUCCUUCAUGGCUGGAUGCUCAUAGCUUAUUACUGAAAUGGGCCUCAGCAUCUUGGAAAUCUUCUGAAGUGGUCUCAUUAUUCAUUUAAAAAAAGAAGUUAUUAUUCUGUAAUCUUUCUGAAGAGGGUUUUUCUUUCUGCAAAGCUGACGAGCUGGAAAAAUAUUCAAAUCUGAAUUUUCAAACUAAUAUUAUGAUGCAUAAAAUUAUGAAAAAACUGUCCUUUGGACAAAUUUCUGAAGUGGCUGAACUUUUUUCAAUGGUAAUCUGGGUAAUUAGCUUUCAUCAGGUCAGUCUGGCCUUUGGCAAAAGGGUUUUUAAUUCAUGAAUUUUAAUCAGUAUCAAGGAAUCGUGCACUUUACUAUUGAAUUUCUAUUUUUUGAAUAAUUGGUUUUUAUGUUUUAAACAUAAGUUUAAAAUAAAACCCCUCUGCUGUCAUAUUUUUAAGUUUUUUUAAUUAGCUUGGCACCAAGAUGUUAUUCUGAGCACCUUAUUAGUUCUGUAGUAAACUUGCAGUAGUUGUUGAAAUAUGUGUUUUAUUGUAGAUUCAUAUACAUUUAACACACGUGCCUUAGUUUAAACACAUACACAAUAUGUUGCUGUCUUAUUUUAUUUUAAAAUGUUUGUCUCUAAAACAUGUGAAGUUGAAUUUUUCACAUUUUAGAGUCUAUGCAAAAUGUUCCCUGUUGUUUUCAUUACAUGUUCAUUACAUGUCAAUCAUUUCCUGACAGAGCCCAGAAACUCUUGUAAAACCUGCUGAUUCAAAAAAAUAAACCAAAUCACUUUUUCUUUCAAACUAA